CUUCAGAUGGACAGUCAUAAACGAAGUGUAACGGCGUGUUGACGUUUUACCCAAAAGGCGCACCCGGCUGAACGUGUCUAGCGUAUCCCCGAAUCUCGUCGAGGCGCUUGUAGAUGGCCAAACUUGCGUGUAAAACAACACAACGUGAAGUCGCAACUAUUUAGAUUUCAUAUUCAAAAAAGUUUGGCUCUGAUUCUGUGCGUGUGUGUGUGUGAGUGUGUGUGUGUGUUGCAAAGGAAAUGCUAAUUUUUUGUGCAUGUCAUGAAAUUGUAAUAGCAACAACAAAAAUAAUAAUAACAAAUAAUUGUGGCUGUAAAGAGAGAAACCAGUGCCAAGUUAGACAAAAUAAAUAUUUAUGCCAAGUUCGGGACAAGAUUUGGCCAAAGCUGAAAGCGCUUCAAAUCACAAAGAAUCGCAAUAGAAACACAAAAAUAAAUAAAAUAAAUAAACUGGGCGUAGCUCAUAAAUGGGAUUUGUUGUCGCGGUUUUAUGCCCUCAAGAAAAGUUCGCGGUGCCCCAACAAAAAUGUAUCUUUAAGAUAUUUUAGCUGAGUGUGCGUGUGCGAUGGAAUAGGAAAUACGAAUGCGAAAUUAAAACAAUUUCUAUGUGGCACGGAUAUCGGGCUGUAAAGCCAAAAAUCCCUUGAAUAGCUGUAACAUAUUUUAUUUUAUUUUUUUUUUUUUUGUUGCCCAAAAACCAUUUUGCGCUAAUUUACAUUUUUAUUUUUAUGGCACCGUUGCAAAAACCCGCGCGGUUUGUUGGACAGCUGCCUGGUGUGCUCUGACUUUUAUAAAUCAGCAUAUCCGAAUUUAUGAGAAUUUGUUAUGAAUGCAGCUGCAGAAAACAAAACGUAAAAGAACAGCAAACAUGCAAUGCCUAGGCUUGUCAAUAUAUUGUACAGGUUCUUUUUUGCCUUUAUGCUGCGCCCGUAAUGUGAGCCCUACACACACACACACACACACACACAAAUAAAUACAUGUUUAUGGCAUAAAGGCUGAAAGGCAUUUGCAGCAUAAAAGCAAAAGCCUAGUACAAAAUUUAGUUUAUGGCCAAGAGGCCUUGCCGUCACAGCAAGUCGAACACAUGUCUGUCUGUUUCUGCUAACUGGAAAAGUUAUUUGGGCCAACAAAGAACAGCAAAUCACAAAUAGCAUAGACCCAACGCCUACUUUGGCCAGCUUAAGCCGUAUUUAUUCAAUGGAAAUAUUUUGUAUUUCUAAAUAAUUACAGACGACUAAGCCAAUUCAAUUAUGUGUGGCAUAUUAUGGGGCAGUGAGCGAGAAAGAAAUGUGAAACGUGCAAUUGCAAUUGCAUUAAAUAUUAAACAAUCAACCAUUUGGCAAAUAUUAAAAUGAAUAUUUGAAAGCGAACUGAUUUCAUUUACAACACACAAAAUUAUCAAUUAAAUAUUAUUUAACCAUGUUUUAGCAAGAACAGCAACAGCAACAAAUGCAAAUGCAAAUGAGAAAAAAAUAGGCCAACAAAUAUUAAAAACAAUAACUGUUUUUAUAAGUGGCAACAAGCGGCUGGGAUCAGUGUGUGGAAACCAGCUCAAAUGCAGUUUGUGAAAUGUGUUUUAGUUAAGCCAAAUUCCACGCAGGAAUUCACGAAUACAAAAUGCGUUUAAGUGCAACAACAACAACAACAACAACAACAGCAGCAACACGCAUUAAAACCAAAACGAAACAAACGCUUCAAGCUUCAACCGCAGCAACAACAACAACAACAACAACAGCAAGAAAAACAACAACAACAACAAAGCCUGCAACACGCCAAACUGAAUGUUUUAUUUGCAAUUUAAUACAAUUAUUUAUACUAACAACAACAAUCGUCUGCACCGCUAGCGCCAUGGGCCGCGGUACGCUCCAGGCAGAGGCUCACUCGGUGGCCAGCAUGGACGCGCUUCGUGGUCGCCAGCUGGAGGAGGGGCAGCUGUCAGCCGACGACGUCUCCUCAAUGCUGGCUGCAGCUGCAGCUGCAGUUGCCAAAUUGCCAGCGGCAACAACAAUGCAAUCCGCAGGAUUUCAAUUUACCACGAACACACCCACACCCACACCCACAGCCACACCCACGCACACACGCACACAGCAGCAGCAGCAGCAGCCGCACAUGCAGUUGGCCACAACGUUACGUGUUAGCCAUGAUUCCAAUGAAAUCGAUAAUUCCUAUACCGCUGUGGGAGCAGGAGCAGCUGCUGCCUUUGAUGCGGAUGCUGAUGCUGAUGCUGAUGCCGAUGACGUUCAGAAGUCGGCCAAUGAUUACAUCAUUGCCAUGGAGCAGGAGCAGGAGCAGGAGCGGGAGCAGGAGCAGGAGCAGAGCAAGUGGCACAAUAUAACAAACGAGAAAAAUGAGAGAAGAGCACCAAAAGCAACGUCUGCCGCGCCGGCCGCCACAGCGAAUGGCAGACAACUAAUGAAUGCAAAAACACAAGAUUUAUUGUCCUUAUCGCAGCUUAGUUCGUAUCAAACAUCAACAUCACGAGCACCAGCACCAGCAACAGCAGCCGCUGUGCAACGCGAGAAGAGCGCAUCAAGUCUGAAAAACUCCAUCAGCUUCGGUGGCGCCGCAGCUGGUGGCACAUUUCAACAAAUUGGCUCACAGCGCGUCAAUGGAAAUGUGCCAGCGACCACAAUGGCCAGCACUGAGGGCUCCAGCGGCCAACAGGUCGCUGGCAAUGGCUCCCUGGCCAUGCCAACCCCAUCGAUAGCGAGCGGUGCGGAUAAGUCCCCAGUGCGCACCUCGGCCAGGAAGGUGGAGAGCAAAUAUAUUCUGCCCAAGCAGCAGAAAACCGAUGCACCCAUGCUCAACUAUAUCUUCGAUACCUUCUCAGCGGCUAACAAACAUCAUCAUCACGAUCAAAGAUAUGGCCCCCAUUUUGAGGACGUGCAGCGUGUCGGACAACCCACAAAUAUGACUGUACAGGCGGGCAGCAGCAUUCAUUUAAAUUGCAGAAUUUCAUUGCUCCAAGAUAAGACUGUCUCCUGGGUGCGUCGUAGUGCGCAAAAUGAGGAGAACGCAUUGGAUUUACUGACUGUUGGCCUGAACGCCUACACAGGUGAUAAGCGCUAUAAAAUGGAAUUUCAAUAUCCCAACAACUGGCGACUGAAAAUUAUAAAUGUUAAAAAGGACGAUGAGGCGACAUACGAAUGCCAGAUCUCAACGCAUCCGCCCCGCGUCAUACAAAUUAACUUGCAUGUCAAUGCGCCAAAGGUGAUGAUUGUGGAUGAAUACGGGGAUCCAUUGCAGGAGAAAUACUAUGAAAUUGAUUCCACGCUGCAGCUGUCCUGUGUGGUGCGAAAUGUGGCUAUGACUAGCUCCGUUGUUUUCUGGAAACACAGCGAAAAUGUACUCAAUUAUGAUGUAACACGAGGUGGUGUUAGUGUUAAAACUGAACUGAUGGAAGAUGGUGCGAAUUCCACAUUGUCCAUUGCGAAAAUUCACAAAGCCGAUUCCGGGAAUUAUACCUGCUCCAUAAGCGAGUAUCAAAAUUUCACGAUAGUGGUGCACAUACUAAAUGGCGAAAGUUUUGCUGAGCUGCAUCACGGGGGUGCUGGGGCGGCUCAUGCCACUUGGCAACAUAUAGUCGGACUAUGUUUCCUGCUGCUGCUUCGAUGGGCCGCCAGUAAGACCGUGUUUACAUACAGGUAAAGUUAACAAACUGAACACCAAACGCCUAAUUUUAUAUAUUAUAUAUAUAUAUAUAUAUAUAUAUGCAAAAAUAUGAAAUAGGCAUAAAUUGUUCUCCUGGUAGUCUUCUUGUGUACAUUUUUGUUAAUUAAUUGUAAAGAUUUUUGGAAUAGACACAUAGCGGGAAGUUAUUAGAAAUAACUAAAAACUAAGUUAAAAUUAAAACGAAAUAAGUUCAAAAAAAAAAACAAAUAAUAAGAGGAAAACUAAACUGAAUUGUUGUUAUAAGCAAGUGUACUGUAAGUAAAUGCCUAUUUAAAUCAUAUAAUGUACUGUCUAUUCGUUUGAUAUUCGUUAGCAUCUAUUUGUACAUGUAAAAGCACACAUAAACUUAAUUAAAUUAAUAUAAGUCAAAUAUUUGCGUUUGGCGCAAAUGAUGCCAACGAAUUUCUAUACAAACAAUGAAGGAACCCGCAUAUGAGAAUUAAAAGAACACAAUUAAAUACAGGAAUGUAAGAUAACA